CUGGAGGCGAGCACACAGAGGCUCCAUUAUCAUCCCAGUUAUUGCCUACGCUCUAAAAUAGCAGAGGAAAUUAGAAGAAGAGGAGAAAAAAUAGGAGGAAACUGAUGCUUUCCUAAGCACGUCUAUUUUUUUUUUUGCAUAGGAGGGGAUGAGAAAGAAAAAAAGGAGGGUCAGAAAAGAGAGAGAGAGACAAAAGUGGGUGGGAGGAGAAGGAGGAGGUGGGAGGACGGACCUGAGGAGCGGCAAGAACUUCAUAUCAAUUAAUAAUGAUAAAAAAGAGCUGGUAGACGUGCACGGAAAACUGGCAUGGGUUUGUGGAGGCUGGCAGUUGGGACGUCAGAUAUGACUGCAGGAGCCUGCUGACAUGAUCAUUGAGGGAGACUUAGAUGGGAUGGCAGCAGACAUCGGGCAUGCAGGUGGCGGACUAAAGACGAUGCUGGAUGUCAUGGAAGUUCCAAGUCAUGCUCGGGAUCUCCUCCUGCAGCUCAACAGCCAGCGCACCAAAGGAUUCCUGUGUGAUGUCAUCAUCGUGGUGCAGAACGCCCUCUUCAGGGCACACAAGAACAUUCUGGCUGCCAGCAGCCUCUACUUGAAAUCCUUGGUGGUCCACGACAAUCUCAUCAACCUCGACCACGAGAUGGUGAGUCCCGGGGUCUUCCGGGUUAUUCUGGACUACAUCUACACGGGCCGCCUGUCAGACGGGGACCCCGCCUCUCCCACAGAACCCAACUUGGGUGCCGUUUUGGCCGCGGCCAGCUAUCUUCAGCUGCUUGACUUAGUGGCUCUGUGCAAAAAGAAGCUGAAAAGAAAUGGCAAGUACCCUCCUCGCACCGGGCCUGCCUUUCUCCCUUAUGCAAAAAUGGGACCUGGCAUGGGUUUAGGCACCGGAGGCCGAUACAGGGUGUCCACUCCUGUCAUCCAGUCGUGCCCUCCUGGGGGGAUUAUGAACAGCCACACGCCUCGGCCUCUCCCGCUGGAGGAGUUGGUACCCCAUCGGCUCGCCAUCCAUGCCGGUGAGCUGUAUGCCCCCACCUCCAAUCAAGGCUCCCAGGUGUUCCCGUCCAUGCAGUCGGUUCUGCCGGCCCAGCUUGGCCUGCGUUCAGCGCUUCCGGAAAGGAACUGCUCCCCCAACUAUGGCCUCGAUCUCUCCAAGAAGAGUCCUAAUUCCCAGUCUCAGCACACGCCCUCCCAGUCCCAUGUGGUUAGCACCCACAAUGACGAGGAGCGAGAUGGGACCCCGGGUGCCCGCACCAGUCCCACACAAGGAGCCAACGGCAGGGCCUUCCCCUCAGAAAAAAUGGAGACAACAGAUCAGGCUCGAACACCGCCACCGUUUCCCCAUCACAACCAGCCACUAGGUCCACAUCUUCCUCACCUCCAUCGCUCGGGACCACAGGGUACAGAACGCUACCCAUGCCCACCAAGCCCAGACACCCCGACUGAAAUCGGGGAGGCCGGACGAGAGGUGGGUAACAUCUAUCGCUGGGUGAAACAUGAGCCUCUGCCGUACGUAGGCGAAGAUGAGGAUGAAGAAGAGGAUGAAGAGGAAGGAGGUGAAAAUGGAGAGCGGCGGCACAAUCACCACAAGAUCGGCGAGGAGAGUGAGGGCCCGGAUGACAAAAGUGGCUCAGGCACUGAGGAGACUGGCAGCAGCGAGGGCCGCCCGUCUCCUUCAGGUCCCAUGGGGAGAUUCCACGUGCCAUAUGAGCCGGAGAGUUUUGGGGACAAUCUGUAUGUUUGCAUUCCCUGCGACAAGGGCUUCCCAAGUUCAGAACAGCUCAACGCACACGUGGAAACACACACAGAGGAGGAGCUGUAUGGAAACUCAGGCGGGGAGUUAGGAAACAGCAACAGCAACAAGAACAUCAACAAUAGCACCAACGGCUACGGGGGCUUGAGCAGCGCCAACACCCUGAACAGCCUGUCUCACCUGGAGACAAAAUCCAGUCAGGCUUUGGCUUCAGGAGCCAUCGCGGAGAUGAUCCGUCCAUACCGCUGCUCCACCUGUGAAAAGUCCUACAAAGAUCCUGCCACCCUGCGGCAGCAUGAAAAAACCCACUGGCUGACCCGGCCUUACCCCUGUAGCAUCUGUGGCAAGAAGUUCACGCAGCGCGGCACCAUGACACGCCACAUGCGCAGCCACCUGGGCCUCAAGCCUUUCGCCUGUGACUCCUGUGGCAUGCGCUUCACCCGACAGUACCGCCUCACGGAGCACAUGCGCAUCCACUCUGGGGAGAAGCCCUACGAGUGCCAAGUGUGCGGAGGGAAGUUCGCCCAGCAGCGCAAUCUGAUCAGUCACAUGAAGAUGCACAGCAGUGGGGGUGCCACGGGGGGCCUCACCACAGAGGGCAAACUGAAGCUGGACUUUGCUGAGGGUAUCUACCCACUGAGCAAGUACACAGCGGAGCAUCUAGGGCUGAAACAGGAGAAGGCCAACGAGCUCCUCAUCCAGGCGCAGCAGCAGCUGGUGGCCGACGCCAAGGCAAUGGAGAGCCUUUACCCGCUCUCCAAACUGGCCUCUGAGCACCUCGGAGGCCUUGCCCACGACAAGAUGGACGUCCUGUGCCAACCCCUGCCCCCUCCCCAACAGGCCCUCUCUGAGGGCCGCACCAUUGACCGCUACUCACCCAGCUAAGACCACACAGCCCCACGAGAAGGCCAAUCACCACAUGCAGUAUUCUGACGCCAUUCACCUCAACUAAAUCUGCACCUCAGACUCGAGGGACGUCAGUCUGCUCGUGCACGCCAAACUUUGUCGACUGUAAGUGCCUUUCGAUGCAUCUAACCUUUGAAGCCUCCUUCCUAAAGGAGCACUGUGCUAUCUAUCCUGUGACCAAGAGACACUCGCUUGACAGAAGUACGGUAUUUAUGUAUGUGUUUGCAGCUAUUGAGCCAAAGCAACAAAUUGAAAACCAAAAAAAAAAGAUUAUUUAUUUUUUUGUAUUAUGAUGAAAUCCAAAGAAAACCCUUACCCUUAAACCUGUGUUAUGACAAAUAAAUGCACAUAAAGGACAAGAUUCAGGGUUUGUGUCCAAAUCUGAGUGUAAAAGUCAGCAAAAUAAAAGAAAUAAAAAGAAAAUAAAAAUAAAUAAAGUCACCUCUUCUGGACUUUAAAAGAACGGGAGAAUUCUCAAAAUUGUCCUAUUUUUAGGGGUAUUACAGACAAUGAAUAACGCUCCAGAUUCUUCCUCCGAGGUUACAAUACAUUCAAGCACAUUUUAAAAGUCUUUUACAGUAGGGAUGCUCCGAUCGAUCGACCACCAAUCAAUAUCGGCCAACUUCCAUGAAAAAGCAUGUGAUUGGCAUAUGCCGACAAAUGCCUUUCAACGCCGAUCGCCUCUCGCUCGUACGAUUGCAGCAUGCAGCCUGUGGUGAGCGUCCCCCGCCCACUUUCCUUCACACUGCGCAGGUGUGCCAAACCCAAAACAAACGUGUGGAACUUACCUAACGUUUGUGAGAGCGAUACAAAUUUUGCACGCUGCAAAAUGUGCCACGGAAUAUAUCUCGCCGAGGUAGCGUUUUUGAAAAGCUGUAAUUCAAUACGGCAUUUGAAGAACAAACACUUGACGGAGUACGGUGAGUUUCUGAGGCUGAUCAUCAGUCAAACGGCAGCUAAUGUAGCCAAUGCUGGACUGUGUGUGACAAUCAGAAGUAUAAAGCAAAUAAUUAUUGAAUUGACCAUCCUCUCUCAGCGGCGGAAGACAGCGGGUUUGCCGACUGCUCUCUCGCUUGGAACCCCGCUGCAUGACACCUGGAAGUCCUGCUAGAACGCCAUCAAACUAUGUACUCUCACAUCCAAAGUCGCCUUAAAGAAGGCAUCUCUUCCUCUGUGAGUUUCACCAGUGAUAUAUGUUUUCUUGAAAAAGUUGUCAAAAUGAAGGUGAUUUUUUUGCUUCCCUUUUUUAUAUCAUAUAGCCAAUAGCAGGGAUGCAAGCAGGAAUUCUGGGCCCCAUGAAAAAAAAAAUCACGUUGGGCGUGCCCCCUUUUUAUUUUUUAAUAAUGACCUAUUUUUUGGGCCCCCUGGCAGUUAGGGCACCUUGGAAUCGUCCUAACUUUUCAACCUUAAACCGCGCCAAUACUCAUCAUGUAUAAUUUCACUCAUGGAUGAUCGGUAUCGGCAGCAUAAAACCCUGAUCGGAGCAUCCCUAUUUUAUUGUAAUAGCAGCAUGUUUAUAACAUAUCCUGAGCAAAAAGCUGUUCUUUACUGAGGAGUGGCAGCCCGUGAUCUCACAGCUGUGAAACGAUCACACAUACCCAACUAGUGAACACACAAAAAUCCCUGUCCGUCACACGGGCGUUGCCUUUUUGACAUGUUGUAAAACGGCCAAUCAUGGUGAGCAUAGCGAUGGAUCCCAAUCGGAGGGGAGUAACUUCCCCAUUCAUGGCAGAUUCAUGGUGAUUAAUCACAUCGAGCACCAGGUCUGACCUCUGGUGUCACGUCCGUGAGGCCCGCUACUGUUGACGUGCCAAAGUGAAUGUUUAACACACACACACCCACACACACGUUAUCUCCCCCAUUUCACACACACUUAGCAAAGCUGCUAAUCUGUCAGUGAUAUGACCACGAGGAGGGUUGUAGUCCCGUGCAGCUGUUGUAAUCCCUGUGAAAUCUCACUUUCUCCCGGACAAUUCACACACCAUGUCCUAUUUCAUGCUUGCCAUCCUUCAGCCCUCCCAUCCACUUAUGAACAUCUGAUGCUUCAACUACACCCCCGCUCUUGCACCACUCCUCUUGAUGCCGCUAUCAAAGCCACAAAACAAUAGAAAUCCUCUUAUUUUGCAUUGGGCCGAAAACAACAAAAGAGCACUUGAAGCUUGCGGGUUUGAAGGCACAUUCCCCCCCAGCCCCCCUGAAAUGUUUAUUCCAAAGAACAUCCCGACAACUUUGUUCUGCUUUGUUUUCGAUCUUUAUUUU